AUGGAGGAGUUGUAUAAGGGUGAUAAUGUGGUGUUGACAUUGGACGAAGUCCAAAGAAAGAAUAGUGCGAGGCCGAAAAAGAGUGAAGAGGGCGUGCGGCACUUUCGUUUCAUCCUCCGCUCACCAGCUACUGCUCUGCCUCCGGGGGACUUUCACCUUGCAGCCCCCAUUGAUUUCCGUCGAUUCAGUCUCAAAUUGAUGCAAUUUGCUCGUUGUGUUCAAAGCAUCGUGAAUUCUUGUCAAACUUUGUUCCGUUCAAAUCAACUUCUAAAGGAGCUCUCAAAAUCUGGCCAGAUUGAUGAAGCUCGGAAAGUGUUUGAUAGUAUGCCCAAACGGGAUGAGUAUACUUGGAAUACUAUGAUGGCUGCUUAUUUUAAUUCAGGAAAGCUAGUUGAAGCAAGAAAGGUUUUUGAUGAUAUUCCAUGUAAAAGUUCUAUCACUUGGUCAUGUCUUAUUUCUGGGUAUUGUCAAUAUGGCUGUGGAUAUGAAGUUUUUGAUUUGUUUCAACAAAUGAGGUUGGAGGGUCAAAAGCCCAGCCAAUACUCUUUAGCAAGCAUGCUAAGGGUAUGUUCAAUGUUAGGGCUGAUCCAAAGUGGGGAAUUGAUCCAUGGGUAUGUGUUGAAGUCUGGAUUUGAAUCUAAUGUAUAUGUUUUGACUAACCUUGUUGAUGUGUAUGCUAAGUGCAAGCGCAUGUCAGAAGCUGAAUAUCUCUUCAAGUUCUUUUCUAACAGUAGAGAAAAUAAUGUUCUUUGGACAUCUAUGCUUACUGGUUAUGCUCAGAGUGGGGAUGGUCACAAGGCAAUUGAGUUUUUCCAUGAUAUGCACAAAGAAGCGGUUGAAUUGAAUCAUUUUACAUUUCCAAGCAUAUUGACAGCAUGUUCUUCUGUUUCAUCUCAAUGUUUUGGGGAACUGUGCUAA